AACACAGUAAACAGCUGUAAGCAGGGUACAGGUGUCUACAGGUGCAAAAUCCAGAUUGGUUUUGUUCACAAGAAUGAACUAGCAAGAAGCCUACCUACCAGCAAGAAGCCGAGCUGAUUGAUACUGAAGUCAGACAGUUAAAAAAACAACAGCAGUCAUGAAGAAGAGGGCACCUACGAAGAAGAAGAAAGUGUCGUCAGAUGUCAACAGACUGGAGACGAUCAGGAUUAUCCCACCGAUUAAUUCCCUGGUGGAAGCCAGAGAGAAUGUGGACAACCUCAAGGGCGACUAUCUGUCAGAGCAAAACGCCGUUGACUUUGGUGCAGAGGUUCAGGAGUUGGAUUUUGCACAGACAGAGGUAGCGGGUAACAUAGCAACACUGUCAAAGUUGGAUAGUUAUCCAGGGAGAAAGACACAGUCUGAGGGUUACCCAAUACGACAGUUAACUAGUAAGACCGAGAAUUCCUCAAGGAUUUCAAAAGCUAAACCGUACCGUCAGGCCGAUGAUCUGAUUUUAGCAUCAGAAUAUGCCUCCAAAGCUGAACCCCACAUUCUGAAGCCAAGGUUCAAAAAGCUGGUUACUAGAGUCAAGACAUCCAACUUUUCUACCAUUGCGGAGCUUGCCGCAAGCAUUAAAGAAACAUCAAUGCUGGAUUUCACUGGCAUCCCGACUGUGACCGACGCUACCCUUGCCGUUCUCGUCAGCACCAUGUCAGCUAGUGCAUUAAAGAACAUCGAGGGCGUCCUACUGGCGGGCUGCCAUCUGGUGACUAAUCGAGGAAUCGCACUAAUGUCAAGAUCAUUUGACAAUUUAGAAUUGAUGGACAUGACUGGAUGCCAACGGGUGACAGAGGCAGUGUUCGGACCCCUUAUUCUCAACUGCAAGAAAAUAACCCUCUUGAAGAUAGCUGGCACCGGUAUUCGGUCAGUUCCACCGCGGUACAUCGGAUACAUCCAGGACACAGUGCAGGGCUGCCCUCUGGUGUCCCCGACUGAAUCUACCCUUCAGGCCAAAAUAGACGGGAAAGCUAGCAAAGACAUCCCCCAGAGACGGACGGAUUCCAUGAAGGUUGUGGUUGUCCGGCGGAAUUCCGUCACGACGAAUCUGCUACAGAACCUGCGGAAGGAACCGCAGAAUCCGCAGGCUGUUACUGUCGACACUGCUUACAAGAUUGGCUCGACUGUCUACCCGAUAGUUGAAUGCCAGGAGGGCUUUCUGGACCUGUACGUGACCCCAAGGACUCUGUAUGUCAUCACCUCCGACCUGAGUGAUGACAAGAACCUGGCUGAUGAAGCUGCCAGAAUCGCUGCCGUCAUCUGCCAAGUUGCCUCCAAAGUUGGGGGAGAGUGUGGCUUCAUCGUGACAUUACUGGACAGUGAGAAGGUCAAGGCCGUGUCCGGGAACAUUCUGAAGAACAAGAUCAUGACCACAAUUGGCACCAUUGUUGGGGAACUGAAGGCUAGGACAAAGACGUAUAAACCCAAAAAACUUAGCCUGGAGUCGGAUGAGGACUACCAGGAGUCAGAGGUCCAUUGCCGGGGGUAUGUACUUGCUGGACAGUCUCAACACAGAGUUCAAGGUCACCACGGUCACAGUCAAACAAACAGCCUCGGGACUUUCAGAUGCAGACAAGAAUGUGUUCAAUAAGGGUCUACUGGCCAGUGCAGAGGAGCUGGAUGCACGAUGUGAAGAGUACCAGAACUUGGUAGACUCUCCUGAUAUAAAGGAGCUCUUGUC